CCGGCGGUGCCUGGGCGGGGAACCGGCUGCGUGCGCCAUGAACCCCGAGCUGGCGAUGGAGCCGCUGGGCAGCCUGCACGGGGCGGCGGGGCACGAACCGGAGAUGAUGGGCAGCCCCAGCCCUCACCACGGCGGCCGCAGCGCCGGGCCGCUCCGGGUGCCGCCCCCCCCGCCGCCGCCGCCGCCGCCGCCGCCGCACCAGGAGCUGCCCCCCGCCGCCCGGCCCGCCAUGGUGCCCAGCAUGGCCUCGCUGCUGGACGGCGCCGCCGAGUACCGGCCCGAGCUCUCCAUCCCGCUGCACCACGCCAUGAGCGUGCCCUGCGAGGCCUCGCCGCCCGGCAUGGGCAUGAGCGGCACCUACACCACGCUGACGCCACUCCAGCCCCUGCCGCCCAUCUCCGCCGUCUCCGACAAGUUCCACCACCCGCACGCCCACCCGCACGCCCACCACCACCACCACCACCACCAGCGCCUGCCGGGCAGCGCCGGCGGCGGCUUCGCGCUCAUGCGGGACGAGCGCGGGCUGCCGGCCGUCAACAGUCUCUACGGGCCCUACAAGGAGGUGCCGGCCGUGGGGCAGAGCCUCUCGCCGCUGGGCAACGGGCUGGGCCCGCUCCCUGGCUCCCAGCAGGGCCUGCACGGCUACGGGCCGCCGGGCCACGACAAGAUGCUGAGCCCCAACUUCGAGGCGCACGCGGCGAUGCUGGCGCGGGGGGAGCAGCACCUGCCCCGGGGGCUGGGGACGCCCCCGGCCAUGCUGCCGCCCCUGAACGGCGCGCACCACCCCGCGCCCCCCGGGCCGCCGCCGCCGCACGGCCCCGCGCUGCCCGCCGGCCGGGAGCGGCCGCCCGCCGCCGGCCCGCAGGGGAGCGGCGCGGGGCAGCUGGAGGAGAUCAACACCAAGGAGGUGGCACAAAGGAUCACGGCGGAGCUGAAGCGCUACAGCAUCCCGCAGGCCAUCUUCGCCCAACGAGUGCUGUGCCGCUCCCAGGGGACCCUCUCGGACUUGCUGCGGAACCCCAAGCCUUGGAGUAAACUGAAGUCCGGCCGGGAGACGUUCCGCAGGAUGUGGAAGUGGCUGCAGGAGCCGGAGUUCCAGAGGAUGUCUGCCCUGCGGCUAGCAGCCUGCAAACGCAAAGAGCAAGAGCCCAACAAAGAGCGGAACAACUCCCAGAAGAAAUCCCGCCUGGUUUUCACGGACCUCCAGCGCCGAACGCUUUUCGCCAUCUUCAAGGAGAACAAGCGUCCCUCCAAAGAAAUGCAGAUCACCAUCUCCCAGCAGCUGGGCCUGGAGCUCACCACCGUCAGCAACUUCUUCAUGAACGCGCGCCGGCGCAGCCUGGAGAAGUGGCAGGACGACCUGAGCUCCGGGGGCUCCUCCUCGGCCCCCAGCACCUGCACCAAGGCGUGAGGGGCGCGGCACGGCCGGCACAGCGCGGAGAGAGAGAGCGGCCCCGCAGCGCGGCCCCGCGCCCGUGACUAAAGCACAAUCCCCGCAACCAAGCCCAGCCCAGCUGGUCCCAUUCCUACGGCUUCUCUCAGUCUUAGCAGGCGCAGGCUCCACUUUAACCCUCUCUCCACACAAUACUAUGCUCAGGACGGGCGAAGCAGGUCUGAAACGUAGGGGAGCCGUUCUUGAGCCAGGUUUCUCCUGAGCCCCGUGUUUCCGUGGCCGACCCGGCAGCCUCCCGUGCCCGGCGCCUGCCGUGCGCUGGCCACACCACCCUGCGGCCGCACAACAACGGAGCACAAAGUUGGAUACUAAAAACCCAAGACCCUGUUUUUAAACUCAGGCAUGGUUUUUUGUUAAGUGUUUUGGGGAAAGAUCAGAUUUAAGGUUUUUUGGUCGGUUUUUUAGUUUAAUUUAAUCAGCUUGUUCUUGGAUCAGAAAAGUUCAGUUCUCUUGAGCUCAAAGUAUCAAGCACAAAGCCGGUGGCUACAGCCACGGCCCGGCCCUGGGCUGCCCAGGGAGGCUGUGCCAGCUGCAGCCUGACAUCCCCGGAACACCG